AACCACUGCGCUUAUUUUAAUUAUUGCAGACGGAAAUUGAAGACUAUUGACAUAGUAAAUAGCUCUGGGUGGCUUGAAACGAAAGUUUAACUUUGCGGACAAACGGGACUUAUGGGGGGUGGGGGGGGGGUGGUCAAAAUAGUCCCGGCGGGGCGGGGCCAUGACCCCUGACGUCGCCGGCCCGGCGCGCAGUUCAGUUUGGCGGUUCCGGUCCCGCUCUCACAUUGGGGCGGGAUGUGGGAGAGGCUGAACUGCGCGGCGGAGGAGUUUUAUUCUCGUCUUCUUCAGGAAUUUAAUGAAGAAAAGAAAGGAAUCCGUAAAGACCCAUUUCUCUAUGAGGCUGGUGUCCAAGUGCAGUUGAUUAGCAAAGGCCAACCAAACCCUUUGAAAAAUAUUCUAAAUGAAAAUGACAUAGUAUUCAUAGUGGAAAAAGUGCCUUUAGAAAAGGAAGAAACAAGUCAUAUUGAAGAACUUCAAUCUGAAGAAACUGCCAUAUCUGAUUUCUCUACUGGCGAAAAUGUUGGACCACUUGCUUUACCAGUUGGGAAGGCAAGGCAGUUAAUUGGACUUUACACCAUGGCUCACAAUCCUAAUAUGACCCAUUUGAAGAUUAAUCUGCCAGUUACUGCCCUUCCUCCCCUUUGGGUAAGAUGUGACAGUUCAGAUCCUGAAGGUACUUGUUGGCUAGGAGCUGAGCUUAUCACAACAAACAACAGCAUUACAGGAAUUGUCUUAUAUGUGGUCAGUUGUAAAGCUGAUAAAAAUUAUUCUGUAAAUCUUGAAAACCUAAAAAAUUUACACAAGGAAAGACAUCACUUGUCUACUGUAACAUCCAAAGGCUUUGCCCAGUAUGAGCUCUUUAAGUCCUCUGCCUUGGAUGAUACAAUCACAGCAUCACAAACUGCGAUCACUUUGGAUAUUUCCUGGAGUCCUGUGGAUGAGAUUCUUCAAAUCCCUCCACUCUCUUCAACUGCAACUCUGAAUAUUAAAGUGGAAUCGGGAGAGCCCAGAGGUCCUUUGAAUCAUCUCUAUAGAGAACUGAAAUUUCUUCUUGUUUUGGCUGAUGGUUUGAGGACUGGUGUCACUGAAUGGCUCGAGCCCCUGGAAGCAAAAUCUGCUGUUGAACUUGUGCAGGAAUUUCUGAAUGACUUAAAUAAGCUGGAUGGAUUUGGUGAUUCUACAAAAAAAGACACUGAAGUUGAGACAGUGAAGCAUGACACUGCUGCAGUCGAUCGUUCCGUCAAGCGUCUUUUCAAAGUUCGGAGUGAUCUUGAUUUUGCUGAGCAACUGUGGUGCAAAAUGAGCAGUAGUGUGAUUUCAUACCAAGACUUGGUGAAGUGUUUCACAUUGAUCAUCCAGAGUCUACAACGUGGUGAUAUACAGCCAUGGCUCCAUAGUGGAAGUAACAGUUUACUAAGUAAGCUCAUUCAUCAGUCUUAUCAUGGAACCAUGGACACAGUUUCUCUCAUUGGGACUAUUCCAGUUCAAAUGCUUUUGGAAAUUGGUUUGGACAAACUAAAGAAAGAUUAUAUCAGUUUUUUCAUAGGUCAGGAACUUGCAUCUUUGAAUCAUUUGGAAUACUUCAUUGCUCCAUCAGUAGAUAUACAAGAACAGGUUUAUCGUGUCCAAAAACUCCACCAUAUUCUAGAAAUAUUAGUCAGUUGCAUGCCUUUCAUUAAAUCUCAACAUGAACUCCUCUUUUCUUUAACACAGAUCUGCAUAAAAUAUUACAAACAAAAUCCUCUUGAUGAGCAACACAUUUUUCAGCUGCCAGUCAGACCAACUGCUGUAAAGAACUUAUAUCAAAGUGAGAAGCCACAGAAAUGGAGAGUGGAAAUAUAUAGUGGUCAAAAGAAGAUUAAGACAGUUUGGCAACUCAGUGACAGCUCACCCGUAGACCAUCUGAAUUUUCACAAACCUGAUUUUUCGGAAUUAACACUAAACGGUAGCCUGGAAGAAAGGAUAUUCUUUACUAACGUGGUUACCUGCAGCCAGGUGCAUUUCAAGUGAAGUGUGCUGAUGAAGUCCUCUAUAAGAGUCCUGCUCUGUUGCCCAGGCUGGAAUGCAGUGGCACUAUCUCGGCUCACUGCAAGCUCCACCUCCCAGAUUCCACACCAUUCUCCUGCCUCAGCCUCCCAAGUAGCUGGGACUACAGGCGCCUGCCACCACGCCUGGCUAAUUUUUUGUCUUUUUAGUGGAGACAUUUUCUACUGUCUUACUCUUUUUUGGUUUCAGAAACAGUAUUAAGUAAAAUCAGAUAAUGAGAAAAAUGAAUGAGAUUGUUCUUAAGCCAUGUUUUAUCCCCAAAUAAAUGGAAAUUAAUUAAUUUUAGCAUUUUAACAUAGUUAAGAGUAAAAUGAGUCUUUAUUAUAAAAAACAAGAUACCGAGUUACCUAGAAGAUAAAUAAAAAAUAAACAUGUAAUAUUUCUUUGAGGUAUUUUAUUGACUAAAGUAAGUUGAAUUUAGUCAAAGUUGUCAGACUAAAUUCAGACUAAAUUGUCAGAAGAGUGUACGUGCUCAUUUACUUGGUACCCACUUCAUGCUUUUCUGUGGUUGGCUAAUAAUAUUUACAACCUGGAAGGAUUGUUAUCUAUAGAUUUCUUUUCUCUUUUGAAACGGAGUCUUGCUCUGUUGCACAGGCUGGAGUGCAGUGGUGUGAUCUCAGCUCACUGCAACCUUCACCUCCCAGGUUCAAGCGAUUCUCCUGCCUCAGCCUCCCGAGUAACUGGGAUUACAGGUGCCCGCCACCAUGCCCAGCUAGUUUCUGUAUUUUUAGUAGAGACAGGGUUUCACCAUGUUGGCCAGGUUGGUCUCAAACUUCUGGCCUCAAGUGAUUCACCUGCCUCAGCCUCCCAAAGUGCUGGGAUUACAGGUGUGAGCCACUGCGCCCGGGCAGAUUGAUUUUAUCUAUCAGGUAUGGGACAGUGCUGAGAUGGCAAUCAUUUGAACAUUAAAGUAAUAUUUCUGGACAGAUUUUAGAGUGAUAAACUAUCAAGUGACAACAGUUUGUAUACUAUGAUCCCAUUUUUGUAAAUAAUUCAUAAUAUACAUUCAUUAUAUACAGCAAAAUCUUAACAUUAACUUUAGGAGGGGUGAGAUUACAAGUUUUUUUUUUUUUAAUUUCUGCUUAUUUUUAUUUUCUAAUUCUUAAAUCCCAGCACAAGCCAAAAAGAGAAAGAGAAAAAAAGCUAAUUAUUGUAGAACCUGAAAACAGAAAUAUAUGGAAACCCUCAAAGCAGAAAAGGGAGGAAGAUCCUUAAGAUUCUCUUAUGAAGCUCCAAAACUGAUAAUCCUGUCUCAGCUCUGCCUCCUCAGGAGGAGCAUUAGUAGAACAGCAGUGAUGAGGACGCAGAGGGAGCAGACAGUGGGUACCACGAUCUCCGUAACCAUUUGCAUGUGACUUAGCAAGGGCUCUGAAAUGACAAAGAGAACGAGCAGCACAAAUGAGAACAGGAUCAUUUUAGUAAAUACAGCUUUAUCCCAGAAGCUUUAACUGUAUUGGAAAAACUUAAAAAAUAGCAUCAUCAAAUUUUCUGAUUCUUAUUUGCCAUGAAAUAGAACUUAGUAAAUUAAAUGUUAUUUGAAAAUUUUAUAAGAGCUUUGUAAAUAUUUCAGAAAAUAUUGGAUAAAUGCCUGAAUUUGGUUCUUCUACAGGUGCUAUAAUAAAGUCCGUCUCUCAAUACUUAUACUUUCUAAAUUCAUCUCAGAAUAUUAGCAGCCAUAUUCCACAGUUCCUAUAAUUUUUACUGGGGGGGGGAUUUGUGAUAGAAAAGUCCUUGGGAAACAUUUCCAGUCUUUCAAAAUGUUAUUGUGUAUCUUAAGAAGUAUAGGAAACUUGUAUGUUGAAAUUCUGUAUGGUAAUUCUUGUAUAGUUAAAUAAUAAUCUUUAAGAGUUAAUGAUAAGCAUAUGUUAUGUGCAUUAUUAAUAAAAUAGUGGCCACUUAUGUAAUACCCACUUUUAUCUUGUGUGCUGAGUACUCUGGUUACUGAGAUAAAUAAGGCACUGGACAUCCUCAUGUGGAGUUCACAGGCUCAUCAGUGAAUUCUGUACCACAUUUCAACCUUGUUUAUUUUAGUUUAAUGGAAUAUACAUUCUUAAUAUUGCCUGAUUAUUUAAAUUUGUUGAGGGGGAGUGCAUGUUGCUUUAUUGGCCUGUAAAAAUAGCUAGUUUGGUAAGAUUUGGUCUCGCACCUUCCACCUCUGCUACCACAUUAAAGAUGAGUUUGUUAAAAAGGAAAGCAUAUUUCUCUGAUUGCCCUUAUGGAGAAAUAAAGACAAAAUUCAAAGAAACAAA